AUUUUGUCUCAAAAGAAUUCCCUGUUGUCAAUGUUUUUUGGUCAGGUCUGCAGUUAUUGAGUUCUCUAAACAUAGGUAUUAAACAUUUUUAUGAUUCCAAUUUUCUGGCAGCACCCCAGUAUAUGGUAAGGAGUUGAUGAUUGUGGCCGGAGCCUGGGUGAUUUUCACCAUUACUUCCAUCAGAAACCUUGAGGCUAUGCUCCCUUUUAGUAUGAUAUUUGUCAGAGAGCCCUAACCUCCAUAACCACCAUAGCUAUUCUAAAGAUUGCCCAUCCUCAUUGCUGGCCUGGCAGCUGUGUCACUUUUUAUGUUAAAAAUGUAUGAAUUGGUCUUCAAAGGGCACCUUCUAUCACUGUCCUACUAACAUCGACAGCCUCCUCCACUACAUUGACAUAGCUUCACUCUAACAGGUGAACAAUCUGAUCAUUCAGUGCUCGAUAGCCUCCUGUUGGCCCUCUAGUCACCAUCUUUAAUUGGUUGGUGAUGGACACACUGUACUUCUGGUUAAAACUCGUGUUGCACAUCAGGCGUAUUUGAUGGGGUCAGGACCCGGAAAUGUACCCGUGCCAGAGUUGCAAUUCCAGAACGAAAAUUCAGCCCAUGAUCUUCAUUUUAUAUUUUUAUCAACUAUUUCAAAUCUGUUCAUGUUAAAUUGAACAAAAAUGUCUUCACUGUGCCACCGCAUUUGUCACCGAUGGUCUUCAUUGAGAAUUGUUGGUCUAGUUUGGUCUUCAAAGCAAGAAAUAAAAGUGGUGCCUGUAGCAUCCUAUAGUCUUCAAAGUCGCUUUGGUUUAGAUGCACGUCAACGCCUUUUGACUCAAAAACUCUGGAUGUUGAAAAGAUCUGACUUGAAUUCUUCAGCAUCAAGUUUGCCACCAAGUAAAGAAGAUGACAGUGGAUACCGGUUCACAGAAAGCUGUAUUUUUCUAAACACAGAUCAUACCCAUGGCAAAACAGAACUGCCUUGUGUGGUGAAAGAUGUACAAUCUGUGGAAUUAGAUGUUCCACCUCAUUCUCCAUUUGAUGAAUUAUCUGAAGAAGAGGCUUUGCAAAUUGAGGCAAGUCCUUCACUCCCUCCUACCUCAUUUACCUUGUGUGAAUAUGUUGACCAGUCAGAGACGCUAACCAAGCUGGUCCUUCUAGGUGUAGAUCUGUCUAAACUAGAAAGGCGACCAAAUGUGGCCAAUAUGCUAUUAAGACUGGAUUUUAACAGAGAUGUAAAAGAGAGACUUCUGUUCCUAAAAGAUAUAGGAGUAGAUGAUCAUUUGCUUGGAGCAUUCCUCACCAGAAACCCCUUCAUUCUGACUGAGGAUGUGGAGAAUCUAUGGAUGAGAGUACAGUAUUUGCAAUCAAAGAAAUUCAGCAAAGAAGCCAUUUCAAGGAUGGUGUCAGGAGCCCCUUAUUUGCUAAAUUUCAGUGUGGAAAGACUGGACAAUAGGCUGGCAUUCUACCAGAGAGAACUGAGAUUAAAUGUGCAAAAGACACGUGAUCUGGUCACCCGUCUUCCCAAAUUGUUAACUGGCAGCUUGGAACCAGUCAAAGAAAAUCUGAAAGUUUGUCGGAUUGAAUUGGGAUUUCGUGAUAAUGAAAUCCAGCACAUGGCAAUCAGCGUCCCCAAACUCCUCCUGGCUAGUAAGAAAAAAUUGACUCAACUGUUUGAUUACUUACACAAUACCAUGGGAAUCCCCCACCACCUAAUUACAAAAUUUCCUCAGGUUUUUAAUGCAAAAUUUCUGAGAAUAAAAGACAGACAUCUGUUUCUUGAACACUUGGGACGAGCGCAAUAUGAUCCAACUCAGCCUAACUACGUCUCACUGGAUAAGUUGGUUGCAACACCUGAUGAAGUAUUCUGCGUGGAGAUAGCAAAAGGCACAUUGCUGGACUUUGAGGCAUUCCAAAAAACACUUUAAAUUCUGUUAAAUGGUUUCAAUAUGUGCUCAUUUACAAAAAAAAUAAGUAAAUGUAGAGUCAUGACUAUUUUCCUGUAUAUCCGAUAACUAAAUCAACUACUUCCAGACCAGUAGUUUGCUUAGUAGCAAUAAGAGAGCUAUCUGACAGUGAAUCCAAAAAAAAACUGUAAUUCUUCUGAGUGCAAUUGUCAAUUUUGCCUCUAGUUUCAUUACUCUGAAUCAGUCCUCAUUGGGAAAUGGAUUUAACUUUCCUCGAACUAAUUUCUGCGGUCAAUGCUUGCCAGAAAACUGCUACCUUUAUCCUUUUAUUAUGAGCAGGAUUUAUUCCAGGGCCAAGAGGUGAAUAUUCUACACAUUUGGUAAGAAUAUUUUAAUGGCAGUUGGACUAAGAAUUUCUCCCAAAAAUGUUGAAAAUUAUGUGAAUUCUUUUGAAAGCCACCGGGUUAAAAUUCAAUAAUUUCUUGAUGCAAAUAGGUAUUUAUAUUUGUGAAAUGAUGCAGUGUUAUUUGGCUCUGAAUAAUCUUGAAUGUAGAUAAACUGUAACUUUGCAACUAAUAUUCUAAACCCUUAGUUGUGUAUUUUGACUUGCAGCUAACCUAAAAAGCAAUUGCUGAAGGUAGACAGUGCCUCUAUCAGGAUUGUACAUAGGUCAAGACAAUGUUUCUUGAGCUGCUGUUUUAUUUCAGUGAAACUUUGAAGGCUUUUACUCAACAAUUAUUGACAAUGGUAGACAUGUUUUUAUUCAGCAACGUAUAUUAUCACCUCUGUUGACCUCUCCACUACUUCUGAUCUGCCACCUUUUUUUUAUCCAAUAUGGAGCACACAGAAAAUUCCCCAGUUCUCUAUUGGGUUUGGUAACAUAUGUGACCUUUCAUCAGAGCACACAUGUAAUUCUGUUCUCUCCACAGAUGCUGCCAGAUCUGAUAAGUAUGUCCAGCAAUUUUUGUUUGUCUAUCAGAUCUUCAGCGUCCACAAUAUUUUGUUAAUCUUUUAUUGUCUUUGAGACACAGCUACAAAUUCCAUCACCACUGAUGCCAUUCUUCUCUUUGGUCGCUCUGAAGCUAAAUUAAACUAUUAACUUGCAACCCUGAGCUGAGAGUCCAACUCUGUAUUCUAUAUAUGACCAAGAGUGCUUGCACCACUGUCAAAUGAUCUGUCUCCGCCUAUUGCUGAAAUCAUCAUCCAUGAAGAUAUGUGCCUUACACAAAAUCCCAAAGCUCUUUAUAGCUGAUUAAAUUCAUUUUUUUCCUGAGAGAUAAAUGUGGGAAAAAUGGCAGCCAAAUUGUAUGCUGAAGGCUCCCACAGCAACAAAAUAAUAUUGAAAAGAUAAUGUGAUAUUUAAGGAUGAUUAUUAGCUAAGACAUUGGGAAUAAUUCUUUUGCUGUUUGAAAUAGUGCCAUAGGAUCUUUAAUGUCCGACAGAAAGGAUAGAUUAGGCCAUAGUUUAAUGUUUCAACUGAAAUAUAACAUUUUCUUCAGUACUGCAUUGGAUGUGAGUUUUGUAACUCAGGUCCUGAGGUGGGACUUGAAUCCAUAACUUCUGACUUGAAGGUACUGACUGAGCCAUAGCUGUCACUGUCACAUGUAGCUGUUACCUUUAGGUUUAAUUGGUUCAGUGCUCUCCUAGCUACCAUCCCUUUAACCUCAGCUACUCCAAAAUUAUGUUGCUUCCAUCCUAACUCUUAAAAACUCCUGUUCACGCAAGACCCUAUGCUUGUCACUUUGAAAUUCUCAUCUUAUUUUGACAUGUCUUCAUGGUCUUGGCUCUCCCUCUCCCUGCACCCUCCAGCCCAAUAAUCCUUAGGCAUCUGGUUUCUUCAACAGAGGCUUCUUGCAAAUCUCCAAUUUUCAUUAAUCCACUUUGCAGCUGUGGUUUCAGCUGGCAAGGACCUAAACUCUCCGUCAACCAUUUCCAACAGACUGUCUCCAUCUCUUCCUUUAACAUGUUCCUGUUUACCACGUGCCUUAAUAUUUUUGAGGAGCUCAAUUUCAAGUUUUGUUUGAAAACAUUCUUGUAAAGCUCCUUGGAACAUUUUAAUAAAAGUGCUAUUACAGAUUCAUAUUGAUAAAUGUAUUUAACCUGCUUGAUUUUCUUCACAGCAGUCAGACUUAAAUACGAUUGGAAGAAACUUUGCUGCUGAGCAUUGAAGUGAUGAAUGACCAAGUGUAGGGUUUGACGUAUCCUAUUUAAGAUGGCACUUACAGUUUAUCUUUCAUUCCAGGGAUAUGUGCUUUGCUGCCUAGGCCAGCAUUUAUUGCUCAUCCCUAAUUGUCCUUGAGAAAGUGGUGAUAGGCACCUUGUUGAGUGGUCCGUGUGUUGUAGGUCAACCUGAGUGCUGUUAGGGAGCGAGUUCCAAAAUUUUAAGCCAGUGGCACUGAAGAUAUAGUUACAAGUCAGGAAUGCAAGUGGCUUGGAAGAAACAUGCAAGUGUUGGUGUUCCCAUGUGCCGACAUUGUCCUUUGAGCUAAUAACAGUUACAGGUUUGGAAGGUGCUUUCAAAAUAACCUGAUGAGUUACUUCUGUGCAAAUUGUAGAUGUUGCUGUGUAUCAGUGGUGGAGGGAGUGAAGACUGCUUUAUACAUAAUCUGUUACAUGCUGGGUAAAAAUUUGUCUACCUCAGCCUUCACCACACUUAAUGACCCAACCUUGACAGCUCUCUCUGAUGUACAGAAUUUCACAGAUUCACUAUUAUGAGAAGAAAUUCCUUCUUGUAUCUGUCUUAAAUGGGCAUUACAUUACUCCUGAGUUUAUGCUCUGUGGUGCCAGACUCUCCCAAAGGGAAACAAGCUCUUCUCAUCUACCCUGCUAAAUGUCUCAAGAAUCAUAUAUGUUUAAAGACAGUCUUUUCUCAAUCUUAUAAACUUUAGUAAGUAUCAGCCCAACCUAUUCAAUAUUUACUGUUCAGAAAAUCUCUCCCUACCGAAAUCAACUAUGUCUCUAAUGUUUCUAAUGCCAGUGCUUCUUUCUUUAGAUAAAU